AUGGAUGGGCCUCCUCCGCCACCACCGCCUCAUGGCGAGAACCCUCACACCACUGAGGGCGAGUAUCGCAAAUCCUCCGACCUGCCGGAAGGCAACUACGACAUUUUCAUCGUGCCGCCACACUCGUCUGGCUCUGGGUUCGUCUAUUUGCCAUCAUUGCAAUGCCACCGAAACAGCUUUCUUGCAGGCGUUGGGAGUACACUUCUCGUGGUCCUGCUGUGGGUUCUCCUCGCACCCAUUGUGAAUGCUUGGUAUACCGCCACCGUCGCUGCCGGCGGUGGUAGCAUAGUGAUGAUGCUGCUGGCAAUCGCGUCUUCCGGCGCCAAUCAGGGGAGAGGCUCGAACUUCGGCGGCAACCAAGGUGGACAGCAACAAUAUAGAGCAAACUUUGGUGGUGGAUCGAACCGCGGCGGUCAGUAUUCUGGGAACCAGUACAACUCUGGGCCUCCCCCGAACACAGACCGAAACAACGCAAAUGAAAACAACCAUGGGCCGAACGGAGCCGAGUGGGAGCGUGCGCGGGAGGAAACAAGGCGCAAAGAAGAGCUGCGACGAAAGAUGGAAGAGUUCAAACGUAAACGAGAGGCGGAAGCCAGAGAGAAGGAGAAACAACGCCAGCGAGAGGAAAUUGAGAAAGAAAAGAAGCGUGAGCGUGAGGCUAUGGAGAAGGAGCUGAAAGAGCGCCGCGAGCAGCUCGAGCGUGAGAUGGCUGCCGCCAAGGCAGCGUCAGAGAAAGAAACGCGUGACCGAAUUGCAAGAGAGGAAGCAGAGGCCCGCGAGAAGCAACAGAAAGCUGCGGCGGAGGCCAAGGCACGGGCAGAGAAGGCCGAGGCCGAGGCAAAGGAAAAGGCAGCCAAGGAAGCGGCCGAAAAAGAAGCUGCGGCAAAGGAAAAGGCCCAAAAGGAGGCCAUGGCCAGAUUCGCGGCUCUCAAAGAGGCCGCAACCAAGAAGUAUGCCGAGAAAAAGGCCCAGGAUAUCAAGAACGAGGCCAGCGCCAAAGCAUCCAGCAAGCCUGCCAGCACUGCAAGCGCACCUCGAACGCCAUCCCCCAAGAAACCACCAGCUCCGACAGCCAAAACAAGCAUGGAAGAAGACGAUGCAUACUCGUUUCGGCCAUACGAUCGCCCACGGCGGCCAUAUGGUGGUGCUUCGGGGUCCUCGGUUUAUUCUGAAUCCUCGUACACACCCUCCCAGUCGACAGCGCGUACUACGCCUCCACCAUCCCACCGCAGCGCUUAUUCGACCAAGGAUCCAGACAAGAUUGUGAUCCAAGGUGUAUACGCAUUCAACAAUGCCUACCUCAAGACCCCUGUUGCACAGCUCGUUGCAGGCCAGGGUAUGGUGACCGACGGGCUUGUGCUGCGGAUCACCACCGAAGGCCUGUUCAUUGAUGACGACCUGCGUGGGAUCGGGCAGCGUGAAUGGGACGUCAAGGCUUGGACGCUGAAGCUGGCCGAGGUCUGGUGUCCCCAGAUGAACGCCACGACCCCGGCCUCCAAGCCCGGGUCCAGCAACCCCUUCUCCUUCCGACGAGGUGGUUCUGCACACUCAGUUCCCACCAAUGAAGAAUCCGACGCAUUCCUUAAUGGCCUUCUUAAGGUGUGUAAGAAUACCUGCCGGUUGGCGUCUCCGAGUGCAUUCUUUGCCCGCAGCGCAGCUGCCAGUGGCAUCAACGAGGGUGGACCGGUGCACCCUCCGCAGUCCGAGUUCCGCGGUCUUCAUGUUCUCCGCGCCAGCUUCCGUGACCAAGAGGGCAAGCGAUACUUCUUCGUGUUGCAGGACACCGAGGCCUGGAAGGUCGCUAUCGGCCUGCAGCGACUGCGUGGCGGCGCGUUGGUCCGCGCACUUGGCGUGACUGCGCUACCUGCCCCCGAAUGCAAGAGUCUUCUCGGGACACUGGGCUAUAUCUGA